CGUGCUUCUUCCUUCAGUUCAGCCGAACAGAGCCUUACAGGUAUGCUUAUUUAGGGCUAAUUUCAAAUUUAUGAAGGAGUUUAAUUUGGUUUGAAAUUUGGGAAGUGGAUUUUGCAGAAGUUGUUGGCUUACCUGGUUUAGGGUUUCAAUUUUCCAUUAGGGUUAAGUGUUUAUGUAUACCAUUGUAAUUCAAUAGUUAAGAUAGUUGAUAAAUUAAACUUUCCGAGUUUAUAAUCUUGCAAUCGUAGUAGCUUUGGGUGAAACCAAGAACGAGCGUGAGGCCGCUGGAGCGAUUCCAGUUUAUCUUGUUCAUUGGUUAGUUUUUCAGUAGUGUUAAUCUGCGAUGGACAGGCCUUCGGCUUUGUGAUGCAAAUGUCGAUAAGUUUCUUCUGUUGUUUCUUUUUCUCCUCGACAGGAUCACAGCAAUGAGCAAACGGAAACAACCUGACUCUAGUUCCCCGGCGGACUCUUUGAGCCAGAACGAGCGAAUUCUAUACAAUGUGAUCCAUAGCAAGCAAGAUAUGGGAAUUUGGACACGAGACAUGAAGAAAGAGACAAACCUACCUGACAAGGUGUUUAACGCAGCCUUAAAAACACUUCAAGCAAAGAAACUGAUACAAGAGGUUGUAAAUGUCCAAAGCAAGGGGAGAAAGCAUUACAUUGCUACAGAAUUUGAGCCCUCCAAGGAGUUAACCGGUGGGGCUUGGUACUCGGAGGGGAAACUCGACAAAGAUUAUAUAAACCUUGUAAAAGAUCAGUUUGCGAAGAUGAUAUAUCAGCAGAAGGUUGCUACAUUGGAGGGAAUUGCGGAUGCAAUCAGAAAAACUAAAAUAUUCAAGACCGAGUUUACAAAACAGCAAACGGAGGAGAUUGUGAGGGAUUUGGUUUUGGACAAUCGAGUCAUGGAGGUGAAGAGCACCGGGAUGGGGGAGUUUGCUUCUAUUCAAAUUGGAAAAGUUUGCUAUAAAUGCAAAGGCAAGGGAGGUACUAGAGGAGAAACCAAAGUUGGCGCAAUGGCUUCUAUUCCAUGUGGAGUUUGUCCGCGGAUAAGUCAAUGUACACCGGAUGGGAUUAUUUCCCCAUCAACCUGUGUCUACUUCGCAAAAUGGUUGGACUUCUGAAUCGAAGUAAUAUCUUUUUUGCUCAACUUAUACCGUCCUGCUGUAUUUUUCCAGGUUAUUUUCCUCCCUGCCUAAAUAUAACUUGUUGCAAAUCUUUUGGUUGCUUGAUUACUUGUGGAAGUAAUGCUACAUUGGGUUGUCAAAUUUCUGAAAGCAAUUCAUGUUGUACUACCACUACUUUCGAUUCAGCAGCUGAGCUAUAUUACCAAAGUCAAUCGAUAUGAAUAAUACAGUUUUCUCAAAA